GUCAGAAGGCAUCUCUGCGACAUUUGAAGCAGCUUUCUCAAGAGCAAGUACAGGGUCUCGGAUGAGAACAUGACCUUUGGCGUCAUUCAGAGCCAGCCCCUUCAUGAAUAAGUUUUUUCCAGCCAACUUCCCAAAUCGACAGUACCAGCUGCUCUUCACCCAGGGCUCUGGGGAGAACAAGGAAGAGAUCAUCAACUAUGAGUUUGACACCAAGGACCUGGUGUGCCUGGGCCUGAGCAGCAUCGUUGGCGUCUGGUACCUGCUGAGGAAGCACUGGAUUGCCAACAACCUCUUCGGCCUGGCCUUCUCCCUUAAUGGGGUGGAGCUCCUGCACCUGAACAACGUCAGCACCGGCUGCAUCCUGCUGGGCGGGCUCUUCAUCUACGAUGUGUUCUGGGUAUUUGGCACCAAUGUGAUGGUGACAGUGGCCAAGUCCUUUGAGGCACCAAUAAAAUGUAAGUGACCACCCCACCAUGGGGAGCCCGUCUGCCCCCACCCUGGUGGCCCAUCCCCUCGUGGUCCCUGUUUUGGUCCGUACCCUCCCUUAGCUCUUCCUCCUCCAAGCUUCCCUGUGUCUCCAGCCUGGUUUCCUUCUCCCCUUUGAUUCGUCCACUGUGUUCCUGCACAGCCAUCCUCCUCCCAGGCCCUGGCCUCCGGCCGUCUGGUCACAAUGCAUGGCUCUGUGGUACGAGCUGGAAUGGGGGCAAGCACAGAGAGGGGUGUCUAACGCAGCCUGUGCAGGGCAGGCAGGGGCCUCCAGAGGAGGAUAUCCCCCACGCCAAGACCUGGAGCCCCCUCCCUGGAUCCCUUUGGCACAUAAAUAUCAGGUGCUGUCUGCCCCAUGCCUCUCACACUGCCCUGAUUGUGUUCUUCAGUGUAUCCAUUGUUAUAAAUAUUAGAAAGCCUACCUACAAGCAUCUGUAAAGAAUGUGGAGACUUCCUUGGCGGUCCAAUGGUUAAGACUCCACACUUCCACUGCAGGGGAAGCGGGUUCAAU